GUUUUGGAUGAUGUGGGUUCUUGGUGGUGUCUUCGAGCCCCUUCUGGUCGCACGGGACACGUCCCAAAAACGCACCUCGAGAUUAUUCCAAAUCCCGCCAAAGAAGCCGAACGCUUCAAUGACCAACCCAUUGAUCCCAUAGUUGUUAAGGUACCCGUAAUAGUCAAGGCUUCUGUUCAGCAUCAAGAGGUUGAAGAGAAGGUUAAGUCGAGUGCUCCGAAAAAGCCAGCUACACCACCAUCUGUUGCACCACCACCAACGCCAACUCCACCACCGAAAAAACCCGAAUCACCGGCUCCUGUGCAAAACGAACAGAAACCCACGCCUGUGCCGCCCCCUCAACCUAUCUUCCCCCCUCCAAUGAGCUACCAUGAUAGACCACCCUACCAUACAGUGGUGAAGGAGGUUAUUCGGGAAGUGCCCCCUUAUCGUCACUACCGUCGUGCAAAGUCAAGACAUCAGAGCAAACGGAAUACAUCUCCAGUCUACUCCGACGGAUCGGGCAGCUCUUGCACUUCCAAGACCAGUUCAUCUUCAGGCGUCGCUUCGUGGAUUUCCGACGGCGGGUACGAGAGAACAAUUCAGCGUCAGCGGCCUCCCUCUCGACACCGACGUCCAAAACCCCAAUCUCAACACCAACGUUCUUCUCAUCGUUCCGUGCCUCAGCCCUUAAAAUCCCCGGAACCGUCAACCCAGUCACAUCACUCGGGACAAUGUUGUCACAGCGGAGCUAGAAAUUCAAACUGUCGGUACAGAAGCGUGUGCUGUUACUCAUCAGCUCGUUCACGAGCUCGAUCUUCAAUAACGGAUAUGUCACAUCGGGGAUCGAGCAAAAAGGAACAAUCACAGCAAUCACAGCAGGUCCAACAACCACAACAACCGCAACAACCAAUGAUAAUUCUGCUUGAAGCACCAAAACAAGAAGCUCCACAGCCAGCCCAGGUGGCUGAGGAGCAGUCAGUGGAUGAUUACUACGAUCCUAAUAAUCAACCACAAAUCUCGAUUGUGCUUCCCCCCAACGCACAGGUCACACCCCAGAUGUCUGCCUACACCCCACUGCAACAGCCUCAGUACGCACAAGCGCCCAUGUACUACAACUGGUCGCCGCAAUAUUACCAAGGCUAUGCGUGA